AAAAAAAAAAAAGAAACCAAACUCAUCUCGUUUUUUUUUUCCGGCAAGUGCAAUGAGCGAAGGAAAUUUCCCAAUCCGAAGCAACAACUUAUGACUAAUCAGUUGGAUAAAGUAUAAAUAUAACAGAAUAUACUGGCCAGAAACUUUUCCUUGAGAUAGGAUAUAGACAAGAUGACUGUUAUUAGUGAAGAAGAGUUCCCCACCACCCAUAAUGAUUUCCGUAGUGAUACAUUUACGGUUCCAACCAAGAGUAUGAUUGAACAAAUCACCCACCAGCUCAGUAGUGGAGAAAUGGUGUUGGGAGAUGCGGUUUACCAGGAGGAUAGGGCCACCUAUGAGUUGGAGGAGUUUAUGACCGAGUUAACUGGGAAACAACUGGCUCUUUUCUGUUCCAGUGGUACGAUGUCGAAUCAAAUUGGGAUUAGAUCUAAUUUAUACCAACCACCAUAUUCAAUAAUGUGUGAUCAUAGAAGUCAUGUAUUCUUGCACGAAGCCGGAGGGUUGGCCAGUUUAUCGCAAGCCAUGGUGCAUCCCAUCAAGCCCCUGAACGGAGAUUAUUUAACCUUUGAAGAUAUUUUAGAGAAUUUUACUGAAGACGAAGGGGAUAUUCAUGCAGCACCCACCAAAGUGAUUAGUUUGGAGAACACAUUACACGGGAUCAUAAUACCUUUGGAAGAGAUCAAGAAGAUCAGCUAUUUCUGUAAUAAGAAUAAUGUUAAAUUACAUUUAGAUGGAGCCAGAAUUUGGAAUGCCCAUAUUGAAACCGGAAUUUCAAUUAAAGAAUACUGUUCGUAUUUCGAUAGUAUCAGUUUAUGUUUGAGUAAAUCCUUGGGGGCCCCAAUGGGGUCAAUUUUAGUUGGAACCAGCCAAUUCAUUGAAAAAGCUAAUCAUUUUAAAAAACAAUGCGGAGGGGGUAUCAGACAAGGUGGUAUCAUGUGUAAGAUGGCCGAAAUUGCCAUUAAAGAAAAUAUAUCGAAAUUGAAGAAAUCCCAUGAUUAUGCUAAACAAAUUGGUAAAUUUUGUUUAGACCAUGAUAUCAAAUUAGAGAGUCCCGUUGAUACCAGUUUUGUUUUCAUUGAUUUGAAAAAAAAUAAAAUGGAUCCUAGUUUAUUAGUCGAAAUUGGUAGCAAGUACAACGUUAAGUUGAUGGGUGGUAGAGUAGCAUGUCAUUUCCAAAUCAGUCAAGAAUCGGUUGAUAACUUAAAGUCGGCCAUCUUAGAAUGUUAUAAAGAAUCCUUGAUUCAUCCUUAUGAGAAAAACUACGGUAUUAAAUUGUAUAACUUCGAUACCAUCAAAAUCAGACAAAAACAACAUUAUUAAUGUAUCUUCACUAAUAGUAAUUCGUUACAUAUUGUCCGAUUCAACUCCGAUACAACCAUAACUACACAACAAAUAACACAACAAAUAACACAACAAAUAACACACAAAUAACACAACUAAUAAUAACCAAAUAACACAACAAAUAUAAAUAACUACAUAAUAACCAAAUAAAUAACUUCAC